ACGCGCAGGAUACAGCAGCACACCGGGAGCAUCCCUGAGCGGAGGAGCGCUUGUUUCUGUGGAGCUCUGACAAUCUGACACGAUCACUGUACCCGCCUCCGUCACGUCGGGACACACACGGACUCUGUCGCCGCAGAAUGAUCCCGGGCCCCGGCGAGCCUUGUGGACAGUGAGGGCCCCCGCGCAGAGAGCCACCUCUCACCCGGCAGAAGGAGACUGGCUGCCCGCGUCUCCUCCAGCGGCAGCCCCGGAGACAGGAUGUCAAGUAGCACGGAAGAAAGUCUGUCCAGGGGCGGCGGCUCCGACCGUGACUUGAAGAUGGCCUCUUCCAACAACACGUCCCCGGAGGGAGGACCUCCACCGCCGCUGCAGCAGCAUGCCCGUAUACGGCAGUCCGACAGUAACACCAGUUUCCUUCGAGCUGCCCGGGCGGGAAACAUCGACAAAGUCCUUGAAUUCCUGAAAAAUGGAGUAGAUAUCAGCACUUGUAACCAGAAUGGUCUGAAUGCUUUGCACCUGGCAGCGAAGGAGGGACACACCGAUUUAGUGGAGGAGCUGCUGGAGAGAGGAGCACCUGUUGACUCCUCCACCAAGAAAGGAAACACCGCCCUCCAUAUUGCCUCCUUGGCAGGACAGAAAGAAGUAGCACGUAUACUGGUGAAGAGAGGAGGGGAUGUCAACGCUCAGUCACAGAAUGGCUUCACUCCACUUUAUAUGGCAGCCCAGGAGAAUCACUUGGAGGUGGUGAGGUACCUGUUGGAAAGUGAAGGGAACCAAAGCAUUGCAACAGAGGAUGGCUUCACUCCACUGGCCAUCGCUCUCCAGCAGGGCCACAACUCCGUGGUCUCCCUGCUGCUGGAGCACGACACCAAGGGUAAGGUUCGCCUGCCGGCCCUGCACAUCGCAGCCCGCAAAGACGACACAAAGUCGGCCGCGCUGCUGCUGCAGAACGACCACAACGCCGACGUCCAGUCGAAGAUGAUGGUCAAUAGAACCACUGAGAAUGGGAAGAGUGGGUUCACCCCUCUGCACAUCGCGGCUCACUAUGGUAACGUGAACGUCUCCACGCUACUGCUGAACAGAGGAGCUGCUGUGGACUUCCCUGCCAGGAAUGGGAUAACUCCGCUCCAUGUGGCCUCCAAGAGAGGUAACAUCAACAUGGUGGCCCUGCUGUUGGACAGAGGGGGUCAAAUAGACGCUAAAACCAGGGACGGACUGACCCCCCUGCACUGUGCAGCCAGGAGUGGACAUGACCCUGCAGUGGAGCUGUUGCUGGAGAAAGGAGCGCCGAUGUUAGCUAGAACCAAGAACGGACUGUCCCCGCUGCACAUGUCGGCCCAGGGAGACCACGUCGAGUGUGUUAAACUCCUGCUGCAGGAUAAGGCGCCUGUUGAUGAUGUCACCCUGGACUACCUCACAGCGCUGCAUGUCUCAGCUCACUGUGGCCACUACAGAGUCACCAAGCUGCUGCUGGACAAGAAGGCCAAUCCCAAUGCUAGAGCGCUGAAUGGAUUCACCCCGCUCCACAUUGCCUGUAAGAAGAACAGGGUGAAGGUGAUGGAACUGUUGGUCAAAUAUGGCGCCUCCAUCCAGGCCAUUACUGAGUCUGGUCUGACUCCAAUCCAUGUCUCCGCCUUCAUGGGCCACCUCAACAUUGUUCUGCUUCUGCUGCAGAACGGCGCCUCCCCUGAUGUCCGUAACAUUCGUGGGGAGACAGCUCUCCACAUGGCAGCACGAGCAGGUCAAAUGGAAGUGGUUCGCUGUUUGCUGAGAAAUGGAGCGCUGGUGGAUGCCAUGGCCAGGGAGGAGCAGACUCCGCUCCACAUCGCAUCACGUUUGGGGAAAACAGACAUAGUCCAGUUGCUGCUUCAGCACAUGGCCCACCCUGAUGCUGCCACCACCAACGGGUACACUCCCCUCCACAUCUCAGCCAGGGAGGGGCAGGUGGAGACUGCUGCCGUGCUGCUGGAGGCCGGGGCCUCACACUCAAUGGCCACCAAGAAAGGAUUUACUCCAUUACAUGUAGCAGCUAAAUAUGGAAGCCUCGACGUAGCAAAGCUUCUACUUCAGCGCAAAGCUCUUCUCGACGAUGCUGGCAAGAGUGGCCUGACUCCGCUACAUGUGGCAGCUCAUUAUGACAACCAGGAAGUAGCUCUGCUGCUGCUGGAUAAAGGGGCUUCGCCUCAUGUUACCGCAAAGAAUGGCUACACUCCUCUUCACAUCGCAGCCAAAAAGAACCAGAAGAAUAUCGCAUUAGCUCUGCUGCAGUAUGGAGCAGAGACCAACGUUCUGACCAAGCAGGGAGUCAGCCCUCUACACCUGGCAGCCCAGGAAGGACACGCUGAGAUGGCCAGUCUGCUGCUGGGGAAAGGAGCCCACGUCAACACAGGCACCAAGAGCGGACUGACUCCUCUGCAUCUAUCAGCCCAGGAGGACAGAGUCAGUGCUGCAGAAGUUCUGGCCAAACAUGAUGCAAACCUGGAUCAACAAACUAAGCUCGGAUAUACUCCUCUGAUCGUGGCUUGUCACUAUGGAAAUGGCAAGAUGGUGAACUUCCUAUUACAGCAAGGAGCCGGCGUCAAUACCAAAACCAAGAACGGUUACACACCGCUUCACCAGGCUGCACAACAAGGAAACACACACAUAAUCAACGUGUUGCUGCAACAUGGAGCCAAACCCAAUGCUACUACAGUGAAUGGAAACACUGCUCUGUCGAUUGCUCGACGUCUGGGUUACAUCUCUGUGGUGGACACACUGAAAGUUGUCUCUGAGGAGGUCAUCACCACCACAACGACGGUCACUGAGAAACACAAGCUCAACGUCCCUGAGACCAUGACGGAGAUCCUGGAUGUUUCUGAUGAAGAGGGUGAGGACACCAUGACAGGGGAUGGUGGGGAGUACCUGAGAGCAGAGGAUCUCAGGGAGCUGGGAGAUGACUCUCUUCCGGGACAUUACCUGGACGGCUUCAGCUACAUGAGCCACAACCUGGACAGGCAGCAGCACACUCCCAUUCACCAAAGCUUCCAUCAGAGAGAAGGCGUUCUCAUCGAAGACAUGCUUACCAGCCACCAGGUGUCAACGUUAUCGAGAGAAGACAAGGAAUCGUUCCGUCUGAGCUGGGGAGCUGAGCACCUUGAUAAUGUGGUGCUGUCCUCCAGUCUGUUACACUCAGGCCGUUCCUCUCCGUGCCUAGACCAUGACAACAGCAGCUUCCUUGUCAGCUUCAUGGUUGACGCCAGGGGCGGGGCCAUGCGUGGCUGCCGUCACAAUGGCCUGCGAAUCAUCGUACCACCGAGGAAGUGUUCUGCACCUACACGGGUGACAUGCAGGCUGGUGAAGAGACACCGCCUGGCGUCUAUGCCCCCUAUGGUGGAGGGCGAGGGGCUGGCUGGGCGCAUCAUAGAAGUAGGGCCCACUGGAGCUCAGUUCUUGGGUAAGCUCCACCUGCCCACAGCUCCGCCCCCUUUGAAUGAGGGCGAGAGCCUGGUCAGUCGCAUUCUGCAGCUGGGUCCUCCAGGAACCAAGUUCCUCGGGCCUGUGAUUGUGGAGAUUCCCCAUUUUGCGGCUCUGCGGGGCACAGAGAGAGAGUUGGUGAUCUUGCGGAGUGAGACCGGGGAGAGCUGGAGGGAACACCACUGUGACUUCACCGAAGAAGAACUGAACCAGAUACUUAAUGGCAUGGAUGAAAAACUUGAUUCUCCUGAGGAGCUUGAGAAGAAAAGAAUAUGCCGCAUCAUGACCCGAGAUUUCCCGCAGUACUUUGCGGUGGUCUCACGGAUAAAGCAAGACAGUCAUUUUAUUGGACCAGAGGGCGGGGUCCUUAGCAGCACUCUUGUGCCUCAGGUCCAAGCCGUCUUCCCUGAAGGAGCCCUCACCAAGAAGAUCAGAGUUGGGCUACAGGCUCAGCCCAUUGAUGUGGAUGUGGUGAGAAAGAUUCUUGGUAACAAAGCCACGUUUAGCCCAAUUGUGACACUGGAGCCAAGAAGGAGGAAGUUCCACAAACCAAUCACCAUGACGAUCCCGAUUCCCAAGAGCUCCAACCCUGAAGAGCCGAGCUCGGUGUUCAGCGGGGAGACCCCCACUUUACGUUUGCUUUGCAGUAUUACUGGUGGAACCACUCCUGCCCAAUGGGAAGACAUCACCGGCUCCACACCGCUCACCUUUGUCAACCAAUGUGUUUCCUUUACCACAAAUGUGUCAGCAAGGUUCUGGCUGAUAGACUGCAGACAGAUCCAGGAGUCCGUUAGUUUUUCUUCUCAGCUGUACAGAGAGAUCAUCUGUGUUCCCUACAUGGCCAAGUUUGUCAUUUUCGCCAAAACACUGGACCCCAUCGAGGCCCGGCUGCGGUGCUUCUGCAUGACGGACGACAAGAUGGACAAAACCCUGGAGCAGCAGGAGAACUUCACUGAAGUGGCCCGCAGCAGAGAUGUUGAGGUGCUGGAGGGAAAACCCAUAUUUGCCGACUGCUUUGGAAAUCUGGUGCCUCUUACCAAGAGUGGACAGCACCACGUGUUCAGCUUUUUUGCCUUCAAGGAGAACAGACUGGCUCUCUUCAUCAAAAUUAGAGACACAGCUCAGGAGCCGUGUGGUCGCCUGUCCUUCACAAAGGACCCAAGGACGUACCGUAGUCUGAACCACAACGCUAUCUGCAACCUGAACAUCACCCUCCCAACAUACUCAAAGGAGUCGGACUCAGACCAAGAUGCGGAUGAUGAGAGUGAAAAGAGCGACAAGAAAUAUGAUGAAUCAGAAUCAACUGACACAAUCUCCCUGAGAACUAACCAACCUCUUGACCCCGCAACCCUUGCAAGCCCAGACCUUCUCUCAGACAUGUCGGACAUCAAAUUGUGUGCCAUUCUGACUGCAGGGCAAAUGAAUGAAGAGGGAACUGAAGCUGGAGCCUUUGAGCAUUUUGCUGUAGUGGAACAUUUCAAAGUCAGACUGGAAAAUGUUGCAGAGACUCAAAGAGAUGGACUUCAUAAUACUCGAAAGGAAGUAAAAGGUGGUGAUGGUAAAAAUUAUCAAUGGGGUUCACUCUGUGAGACUAAGGCUGACACGAGUAUUUCACUUGUCAAAGAACAAGUCGUACAAGAGAUUUGCAUUGACAGGAAGACUUUAAGUGGAUCUACCACGGAGGCGAGAGACAUGUCAGGCAUGGUUUCACACCUUAACACAGACAUGGAAGAAUACUUUGAACAGAGACCUGUAGUGAUGAAAAGUUCUGAAGAAGAACAUGCCCAAGAUGGAUUUGAACAGGUUGUUGUCAAGCGUGAUGGCAAACGGCAUCCUCCAGAUAUCAAGAAACCUAUUCGGAAGAAACUCAGAGACAGGGAGCGUUCUGGAUGUAGCAGCUCUGAGGGUGAGAUGGAAAGGAUGAGCUCAGAGGAGUCUUUGGAUGGUGAUGUUCUUCUUAAUGAGAGUGGCCUUGUACCAACCCCAGUUAUGGAUCCUCCAGCUUCUCCUUUAGUGGUUGAAACAUCUAUAGGAUCUAUAAAAGAGAGAGUGAAAGCUUUACAGAACAAAGUAGAAGAUGAUGAGGUGCAAAAAAGUACUCAAGAUCCAACACAUGGAGAAAAAUCGUCUAUCACCACAAGGAAGAUGGAGGCAGACUUUCCAGAGCUUCCAAGAGUUCCCAAAUCCCCUAAAUCUCCCCGAUCUCAAACAGAAAGAUUAGAGGAGACUAUGUCUGUCAGGGAGCUAAUGAAAGCGUUCCAAACUGGGCAGGACCCUUCAAAAAGCAAAUCUGGGCUAUUUGAACACAAAGCUGUGACUUCUAAUGAUACAUUUCAGCAUCCUCCACAGGAGCCACAAUCACAAAUCCAACAUCAGAGCCCCACAAUUUCCCAUCAAGCGAGCGAUGUCAAGAAAUGUGACAAAACAGAUGAACCGGUUAUCUUAAUUAGAGAUAACUCUGAGGAUACAGAGUUAUGGUCCGAUAGUAAUACUUUUGGAAAGACAGUGACAUUUGUUGAUACACAUCCAUGUGAAGACGGAAGAGUAAGCCUACAGAGAGAGACAGCAGAGUUGUCAGAAAAUGAGGCUAUGUCUGUGAAGGAGCUGAUGAAAUCAUUCCAGUCUGGGCAAGAUCCAUCAAAAACUAAAGUGGGGCUAUUUGAACACAAAGCUAUAGCUUCUGGUAUUUCAACAUUGAUGUCCCAAUCAGAAGAUUCUGAAGAGGUACAGAUGUUUAAACAAAGUCCUACGCAAGCGCCAAAAUCACAAAGUCAAGCUCAGAGCCUUACAAUUUUCCAUUCACAAAGCGAUGUCAACAUCCAUGGCGAGACAGACUUGGAAGAUCAACCAACACAUGUGUCUGAGAAAGUGCCCUUGAGUUCCGAUGUUGCUCCUUCUGGUAAGACAGUAACAUUUGCGGAUACAGUUCAAUGUGACGAUGGAAGGGUUAUCCCACAGAUAGAGACAACAGAGUUUUCAGAGAAAGAGACCAUCUCUGUGAAGGAGCGGAUGAAAACCUUCCAAACUGAACAGGAAUCUUUAAAAGGGAAAAGUGGGCUAGUGGAACCCAAAGCAGUGGCUUCUUCUUGUGUUUCAACAACCAUAUCUGAAUCGGUAUGUCCUGAACAAAAAGAAUGGAUCAAACUCAGUCCUACACAGGAGCCAGAAUUACAAACACAAAUACAGAAUCCUGCUCUUUACCAUCCUGAGAGUGAUGCCAACAUAUCUGGAGCAUUGGAUGUAGAACAUCAAACAGUAAACCUAAAAAGAGAUGCCUCUGGGGAAUCACAACUAUUUUCAGGUACCCCUUAUUUUGGUGAGACAGCAAAAAAUGCUGAUACAAUUCAAUUUGAGGAUGGAAGGGUUAGCCCUCAAAGCAAGGAACAAGAUUUCACAGGGAAGGACAGUGGCAGGAUGCACUUAGAAGAGCCGGUCACAAGCACCGGAGGGAGUUCAUCUGAAGACAUGCAAAUCAGCCCUGAUCGUAGACCUUCUGAGGAUUUUAGUGCCGACAUAAAGGCUGAGCUGGAACAAAGUCCAGAGUACCAGCUAUUCAAGCAAACAUCAACAACUGCAGAUGUUAGCAAUCAGAUGGAGGAACCUGAGGAAGAGACCCUGGGUGAUGAAUCUAAUGCAAAUCCGGCAUCUAUAUUGAUUCCAUGUAUGGAAGAUUAUUUUGGGAAAGAUGUUUCUCGUUUUGAGAAUCAAAAGAAAGAUGAUGAACUAAGUCCUGACAGUCCCAAACAUGAAGGCAUGGCUGAAACCUCAGACACUAGUGUUGGUAUUAGGACCCCUCAUUCCAGCUCAGGAGAGAGCGACAAUUAUGAAGGACCCACACUGACCCACCAAGUUAACGAUGAAAUGCAUACUUACUCUGAUGGAAGAGAAGAGAAGUGCAACAUACCUUCACCGGAAGAGAAAAUUCAUGAAUCAUGGAUGGACAAUACGACUACUCACGGAAACAAAAUCCUCUAUACACAAAUUGACACUGAAGUACCAGAUGUCAAAAUUGAGGAGGCAAAACUAAAAGAAGUCCAAAUCGAGAAGAAAACAUCUAAUCAGACACCCACUGCAGUAAGAGAUAUGUCAGGGAUGUUGUCUUUAUUGAGCAGUGAUUUGGAUCAGUAUCUACGAGCAGAGCCUCUGGUACGACAGCCAUCAGAUGAAGAUGUUGUUCAGGAUAAAUUUGAACAAAUCAUUUUAACAAAAGACGAAGAUAAAGAAAUCUUCACAUAUAUCACUGAUGAAAAUAAAGGAGCAAUAGUGGAUGGAACAUUGCAAGAAAUAGAUCAAGCAACAAUAGAAGAACUUUCAAUUACAAGGAGAGUUGACGAAACCCAACCAACCUUGACUGAAGAACUUUCAAUGAAGGAAGAUUGGGUAGAGAAAAAGACGUCACAUCAACCAUCUACAAAAGUAAAGGAUAUGUCAGGCAUGCUAUCACUGCUUAGCAGUGACCUGGACCUGUAUCUCAAGGACAGACCAGUGGAAAAUAGACCUCUAGAGGAGGAUGUUAUCCAAGAGAAAUUUGAAGAAGUCACUCUCACUAAGAUCCCAAUUUCCAAAGAUCCAACAAAUGAGCAGCAAACAUUAACAGUUGUAGCGAGUGCUAAUUUGGAGGAUAAGAUUGAUGGAGAGUCAAAAGAACAUCGGCCGACUGAUGUGGUCGUAGUCAAGGAACUGAAACCAAAUCCUGUUUUGGAGACACCUGUCGAAGAAGUUUGUAUCCAGAGAAAGACUCACCAACAACAGUCAACAAUUGAGAAGAAUAUGUCAGGCAUGUUCUCACUUCUCAGUGAUGACUUAGAUCAUUAUCUCAAAGAAAAUCCAGUGGCAGUACAAUGCCACCCAGAUGAUGAUCUAGUCCAUGAGAGAUUUGAACAAGUUAUACUGACAAGUCAUAAUUUUGAUGAUAGGAUAAGUGGAGAGGCAAAUGAACACCUGCAGACUGAUGUGGUUGAAGUCAAAGAACUGACACCAAGUUCUGUUUUGGAGACACCAUUCCAAGAAGUUUGUAUCCAGAGAAAGACUCACCACCAGCCGUCUACAACUGAGAAGAACAUAACAGGCAUGUUGUCACAUCUCAGUAGUGACUUAGAUCAUUAUCUCCAAGAAAAUCCAGUGGCAGUACAAUGCCACCCAGAUGAUGAUCUGGUCAAUGAGAGCUGCGAACAAGUUAUACUGACAAGUAAUAAUUUGGAGGAUAACAUAGGUGAAGAGGCAAAUGAGUACAUGCAGACUGAUGUGGUUGGAGGCUCAGAAUUGUCUCCAAGUUCUGUUUUGGAGAGACCAUUUCAAGAAGUUACUAUCAAGAAAAAGGCACAGCAGCCACCUGCAGCUGAGAAGGACAUGUCAGGCAUGUUGUCAAUGCUCAGUAGUGACUUAGAUAAGUAUCUCAAGGAAAGGCCAGUUGCAGUACAAUAUCAUCCAGUAGAUCAUGUAGUCCAUGAGAGCUGCGAACAAGUUAUACUGACAAGUAAUAAUUUGGAGGAUAACAUAGGUGAAGAGGCAAAUGAGUACAUGCAGACUGAUGUGGUUGGAGACUCAGAAUUGUCUCCCAGUUCCCAUUUGGAGACACCAUUCCAAGAAGUUACUAUCAAGAAAAAGGCACAGCAGCCACCUGCAGCUGAGAGGGACAUGUCAGGCAUGAUGUCACUGCUCAGUAGUGACUUAGAUCAGUAUCUCAAGGAAAGGCCAGUUGCAGUACAAUGUCAUCCAGUAGAGCAUCUAGUCCAUGAGACCUGCAAACAAGUUAUACUGACAAGUAAUAAUUUGGCGGAUAACAUAGGCGAAGAGGCAAAUGAGUACAUGCAGACUGAUGUGGUUGGAGGCUCAGAAUUGUCUCCCAGUUCCCGUUUGGAGACACCAUUCCAAGAAGUUACUAUCAAGAAAAAGGCACAGCAGCCACCUGCAGCUGAGAGGGACAUGUCAGGCAUGAUGUCACUGCUCAGUAGUGACUUAGAUCAGUAUCUCAAGGAAAGACCAAUUGCAGUACAAUGUCAUCCAGUAGAGCAUCUAGUCCAUGAGACCUGCAAACAAGUUAUACUGACAAGUAAUAAUUUGGCGGAUAACAUAGGUGAAGAGGCAAAUGAGUACAUGCAGACUGAUGUGGUUGGAGGCUCAGAAUUGUCACCAAGUUCUGUUUUGGAGAGACCAUUCCAAGAAGUUACUAUCAAGAAAAAGGCACAGCAGCCACCUGCAGCUGAGAGGGACAUGUCAGGCUUGUUGUCACUGCUCAGUAGUGACUUAGAUCAGUAUCUCAAGGAAAAGCCAGAUGUGAUACAAUACCACCAAGAAGAGGAUUUAGUCGAGGAGAGCUACAAACAAAUCAUACUAACAAAAGUCACAACAAGAGAAACUCUUUCACCCGAAGAUAUAAACUUAGACGCUUCGGACAUCAAUGAAAAGGUGGUUUCAGAAAGUGGAUGGCAGGCAUGUCCCCAUGAAGAUGAAGGUCACAAGAGUUUCUCAUCUGAGGAGGGUGAGGCUAAAGUCUCACUUGAUGCAGUGUCAGAUUUUAAUGACACUACUGAAGAGAUAGCGGGAAUUACAACGUCAUAUGCAACGGCUGAUAGCUGUAACAGUGAUCAUGAAGAUGUCAGUGUAGUUGAUGCUCAUUCAACCUUCAAGACAGACAGAUUUUUACUACCAAGUAGUUCUCGCACACUACAGCGUCCAGGUGAUUUGGAGAACCUCAACAAUAUGUUUUUUAAUGACCCAGCUAAAGAGCCAUGUCAACGAGAUUCACUCGAGUCCAGUCCUCUUGAGGAGGAUAGAUCUUCCAAAAAAUCACCUGAUUCAAUUGAGCCAAGCCCUACUGGAGAAUCUCCUUGUCCAGAUUCCCUUGAGGGAAGUCCCACUAAAUCAGAUGGAUCCGAAUUUAAGAUGCCCGUCAAGACAGCUGUGUAUGAGGAUUAUGCUUCCCAGCUCAAAGCAUGUUUCGCUCAUGACACAAAUAUUUACAGGUAUGAAGGUGAGCAUGAUGAGCAUGAAGAAACUGGCGUAAAUUUCCAAAUGGAAAGUGACAUUAAUGAUACCACUCAUAAACAGGUCACCCCAGAAGAGGAGAUGUUUAAAAUGGCUGCAAAGAUCAAAACAUUCGAGGAGAUGGACCAGGAGUCUACAUUUAAGAGAGACACUUCUUUAGUGACUGGAGAUUUCAAAGACAAUGAACUAAAUCUCAAUGUUGGCCCAGUUUCACAGUCUUUCUCACAAGAAACACCACAGAAAAUGUCAGAAAAAUGGGUGAUAGAAGACACUCAUACACUCAUUGAACCAACAGAUGUUAAUUCAAGUAUUACGGAGAAGGUAGAAAUUCAGUCACAACUGAAAAGAACUCAAUCAGAUGAUGAUUCAUUGAGUUCAACUACAAAUGAGAGAGAACCCGAUCCAGACAGUGAGGAGUAUGCUCCAUUGUUUGCAGGAAGAAGAAAAGAAGCGCAAAUAUACCAAGAGGAAGAUGAAAGAGAAGGCGACCAUUCCUCAGUCAAUGACACACAAUUUGCCAGCUUUGUGAGAGAUGAGCACCAUCCAGAUGAUGAUGAAGUUGAGUUUCCUCUGACAGACAGCUUAGAUACUAUCAGCAGACCUGAGGCUACGGUGUGUAUGGAAGAACAAGAAUAUGUUAUCACUCGGUCUGAGGGUGACAUUGAUGUGGACCUGAAUGCACAGGUUAAGGCAGAGAAACAGAUGAAUGUUUGUCCUGCAGUGGACAGAACACCUACUUGGACUCCAGCUGAUGAGAGCACUGAUCCUGACCCAUUUCAAUUUCAAGAGGGAAAGCUGUUCGAAAUGACCAGAGGGGGAGCUAUUGAUUUGACAAGUUUUGCCGAAGAAGGGGAAGGAUAUGCAUUUUUUCAUAUUGGGGAGUAUCCAGUUGAUGAAGUUGUGGCAGAGGAGAAUGGGGAAGGUCAGUCAGUCAUUAAGUCUUUAACUUUAGAAAAUAGUUAUUCUUGUACCGACACAACCCCUCAAAAGAUGCCCACAUCUCCUCUGGCUCAGAAUGCCAAUGAGAAUAUUCCUACACCCAAACCCAGAAUGCUCAUCAAACAAUCCGAGAAUGAAAAGCCCCUUUCUGAAGCUAAUCUUGGCAGCUCCAUUGAGGUUCAGCUUGGUUCCCCCAAUGCUUUGGAGAAACUAACCAAUCUGCAAAGUGAGGUUGGAAGCCUUGACAGCUUUGGUCUAGACUAUCUAGACUCUACUGUAGCUGAGCUUCAAUUAGAAGCAUCCACAGUUGUCCAUUCAGCAUAUUCAGAGCAAAGCAACAACUCCACAGAUUCUUCUAAUGAUGAAGAUGAGGGGGAGGAGGAAGAUGAAGAGGACCAGUGCUCAGUCAUAGAGAUGUCCAUUUCAGCUGUGCAGGCUGUCAUCCCAGCAUAUCAUCAGGAUUCAACCCCACCAUUUGCAAUCAGCCCAAGCAGCACAAUUCAAGAGGCUUCCCAUUUCAAAUCAGAAAUAAUGCCCAAAGACUCACAGAUGACUGUGCUUGGUCAAGUUCAAAGAAAAGCAGAUAAAAGCUUAACCAUGGAUCGUAGGACUAGAUCUGAGACUGAUAGUGUCAGUAGUAAAACCUUUAAUAAAGACUCUAGGAGUUAUUCUGAGAGCAGCCAAUCCUCUUCUAAAGCAAACUUUCCCCCUUCCAAACCUCUGGUCAUUUCCUCUGACCAGAGAAAAGAAAACCAAGUUUCUAAGACUAUAGAAACAUCUGUUAGGUCGUCUUUGGAUACUGAUGAUAUAAGCAGUGCCAGUCACAAGAGCCCAGAUUCUGUUAUCUUCACAUAUGACAUCCCAGCCUCACAUAGUUCAGAUUCUGAUGGCAAUCCAUUGCCAUGCGUGAAACCAUCCUCUGGAAAAGUGGAUGUAUUUGAAUCAAGGCCUGCCUGGGAAGACACGGUGGAAACUCAGAUGCAGAGAAUCACCGAUGACCAAACUCCAGAAAGUACGCCAGUGGAUUGGCAGGAUGAUGCUGACAGGAAAGAGGAGACAUUAGCUAUCAUUGCAGAUCUUCUUGGCUUCAGCUGGACUGAGUUGGCAAGAGAACUGGAAUUUAGUGAGGAUGAUAUCCAGUUAGUGAGAACAGAGAAUCCUAAUUCCCUCCAAGAGCAGAGCCAUGCCUUGCUGCAGUGCUGGGUUGAGCGGGAAGGUAAACAUGCCACAGAGGACUGUCUAAUUAAGAGGCUAACCAAGAUCAACCGCAUGGACAUAGUCCAUCUUAUUGAAACUCAGAUGAACAAGUCAGUUCAAGAGCAAACAUCUAGAACUUAUGCAGAGAUCGAGAAGACACUGGAUCACAGUGAAGUGUCAGUUGCCCUAUCUUCUGUGCAAGAGGAUGUAGACAGCCCCAGGGUUGUGAGAAUGGUGGAGUCGGAUCGCAGACCACCCCCAGCUGUUUCUGAAGAGGACCUGUCAGUUGCUUCCCUACUGGAUAUUCCUUCCUGGGCAGAGCCUGCUGGACAUACCCACUCAGAGAGCAUCCAUGGGGACCUGUUGGAUGAGCUUGAAAUCCCACAAGAAUUAAACCCUAAUCUGUGGACCUCUGAGGAUGUAAUUACACCCGAACCUACAUGUUACGACAACUCUGAUGAGCAAGCUGAUGAAAUGCCUGACCUGCCCACUCAGUCAGUGACAGAGGAGCAGUACAAGGACGAACAUGGGCACCUUGUUGUCAAAAAGGUAACCCGCAAAAUUAUCCGCAAAUGUAUUUCUGCCGAUGGCGUGGAGCGUGAAGAGGUGACGUUGGAAGGAUCUCCGCAGGCGUCCAUCAGUGUAGCAGAGGGAGAUGGUUACUCAAAAGUUGUGAAGCGGACGGUACUGAAGAGUGAAGGAGAACAUACAGAGGUAACCUUUGCUGAAUUUGAGGGUUUCUCGGCAUCAAGGCAGGAGUCAACCGAGGGUUGCAAGGUCAGUCUCGGGGAAAGAACAAAGGUGGUGGAGGGUGAAAGGACAAUGACGCACCAGGGUGAUCCAUCUUUGGCAUCUGACCUCCCCACGGCCCAAGAUGACUUCCAACAGGCACUAGGCUAUAUAAGUGGUUUAAGCAGAACAGAGCUCCCUCAUGUGGUAGAGAGAGAGACUGUCAAAGAAGAUGGAACUGUGGUCAGGAGGGCUCACAUGCGUAAAGGUCGCACCCUCAGACGGACGGUGGUGAAGAGAGCUGGGCGGCGCAAACAGGUCCUGCUCGAGCAAGUGGACAAUCCCAGGAAAGGGUCCAAACUAUGCGAGCUCCAGCAGCAUCUCCACCAGCUCUUUCAUCAUUUCCACGACGAAGACGAGGAGGACACUGAUGACGAUGAAGAGGAGGAGGAGGAGGAGGAAGAAUAGAGGAAUGUGUAAUACUCCCCCUUCCCCAUGACUUCCUGGCUGUGUCAAUGCUAAAGCACCACCCCCCUUAAUCCUAUGCAUUAGCCAACUGUAAUCCCAGUGUGCACCAUUGGCACCUCAAAGCUACCACAGUCUUCCCACUGAAGUCCUGGAAGAAGACGUCCUGAUCCUGAUUCAGUUUUCUUCCCUGGCUGGUGUCACGUUAUUCAUGAUUUUUCUUUCAUGUUCUGAUGUUGUUUUUCGCCUUUUUGUGACCAAAGAAAUCCUUUAUGUUUUUUUUCCCCCCGAUUUAUUUUACUUUCCUCGUUAGAAUUGUCUCUGAAAUUAUUGUUUUGAUUCUGUGGUAGAGCAACAAAAAAAAAAAAACGAAAACGGUCAAAUAUAUCUCACAUCUACUAACUCACGAAGGUGAAGAACACUUUUCCUGCUAAAUACUGCUACUGCUCUCGGUGCUCGGACUGAAAGACGAUAUUUCACACAGCACUGCCUCUCACAACCAGAGUUUCUCAGAUAUUCCUAACUGAAAAAAAUAUAUAUAUUUCACUCACUUUACUAGCUGUACCUUUGAGUCAGGUGGUAUCAACACUGAAUUUAACUGCUGCUGCUGCUGCUGCUGCUGUGUUUUGUGUCGGCUAUGUGUAAUCUGUCUUUGGGAAUUAUAUAUUAUCUAUAAUCUAGACAUUACCGACAUCUGUAGCCUAGGAAUUAAUAAUCACUCAUGUGAAGUAGAGCAGGCAUGACUCAUCAACAUCUGUCAUUAUGAUCCUAGCUUUGACUGCUUGUAAUUCUAUGGAUGGCCCUUUCUGCUUCUCUCUUCCUUCUGUGUGUGUCUUAUUUUCUGUGUUACUAUGUGUAAUUCAUUUUUUUUUUUGACAGGGUGGGGAUUGGAUCUUGACUCAUAUCGUUUUGCUGGUGAAAGUGUGAGUGAGGACGUACCGUAGCUCCUGUAUUUUUUGAGUUUGUCCAUGCAUGUGUUGAGUUAAAUAUUAUUUGAGUUUAUUUUUUAAGCUUACGAGUUAAUAUAGUUUAAUCUUAUAGUUUGACAGCCAAUUAGAAGCUUCUUUUUACAGGGAGGUACCACAGAAUUUGCCGCAGGUAAAUAAGAAAGUGGUUUUAGAGUCUGAUACAACACAUGCACUAAUGUGUUUCUGCUUUUAUGUUUGAUUUUAUCUUUUGAACUAGAAAGUGUUGGACCAGGCGUUAGGCAGUUGUGUGCGCGCGUGUGUGUUUGUGUAUGCGUGUGUAUGUGAGAAUGAGUGUGAGUAAACGGGUUUUGCUAGUUUCAGCAAAGAAAAAAAAAAAAAAGUUUAUUUUCCACAAACCGCAUUUGCACUCCUGAAUGUCGGGAGGAGACACCUCCUUGCUUUUUGUGCACAGGAUAUGAGGUGCAGUAUAUCGUAGCCACAGGGAUAGUCUCCGACAGAUGAUGAUACCGCAGACUUACACGUAAUGAGGCAGGUUGAGAGCUUAAAUCUAUCAUUAUUCACAGCUCUGAGUAUCGCUACUGUAUGUAUCUACAUGUAAUGUAUUUAUUUCACUAUCACUGUUUACUUUGUGAUUUAGAAACAUGUAAAAUGCAAACUAGUGGAAGUUCACUGUGACAGGUAUGCUUUUAAUUUGAAGAAUCAGCAUCCCUUUUCUGUGAUGAUGACAGUUAUAGACAUAUACAAUGCAUAUAAAUAUCUAUAAGGGCAUGUAUUACUGUAUCAAAAUUCAAAAAGACAAAAACAAAACGGCUGCAGUGUCUAUGGCUGAUAGAGAAUAAAAGUCUACAAAUGUA